AUGCCCGGUCUGCUGAACCAGAUGACAGGGGCAGCCCUGCCCCUCACUGCUUCUGACGUGACCUCCUUCGUCAGUGGUUAUGCCCUGGGUCUGACUGCAUCCCUCACCUAUGGCAACCUGGAAGCCCAGUCUUUCCAGGGCCUCUUCGUGUACCCGCUGGAUGAGUACACCACGGUGAUCGGCUUUGAGGCGGUCAUUGCUGACCGCGUUAUAACGGUACAGAUCAAGGACAAAGCCAAGAUGGAGAGUGGCCACUUCAAUGCCGCCCACCUUCGAGCCACAACUGUCACAGGAAACAUCCUGCGAGAGGGGGUUUCCGUGGUCCCGUCCCCCUGCACACUGGGAAGGGUGGCUUUGGAUGAGGAUUUGGAGCGGAUCCUCUUCGUGGUCAACCUGGGGACCAUCACCCCGAUGGAGAACGUCAAGGUCUUCAUCAGCACCUCCUCAGAGCUCCCGACGCUGCCCAGCGGGGCCAUGCGGGUCCUGCUGCCUGCUGUCUGCGCCCCGACUGUGCCCCAGUUCUGCACAGAGAGCGGUGACCCCUCCAGCCAACAGGCCCACGGCAAAGACAGGCAUUGCUUCGGCGCCCGGGCCCUGGACUCCUGGAACAAGCUGUGCCUGGCAACUCUUCUGGACAUGGAUGUGUCCAACCCCAUGGAAUAUGAGUUCAACUUCCAGCUGGAGAUCCGUGGGCCAUGCCUGCUCGCAGGGGUAGAGAGUCCGACCCAUGAGAUUCGAGCCGAUGCCGCCCCGUCCGCAUGCUCGGCCAAGAGCAUAAUCAUCACCUUGGCCAACAGGCACACCUUCGACCGGCCUGUGGAGAUACUCAUCCACCCCAGCGAGCCCCACAUGCCACAUGUCCUGAUGGAGAAAGGGGACAUGACGGUGGGAGAAUUUGAGCAGCACCUGAGGGGAAGAGCAGAUUUCAUUAAAGGGAUGAAGAAGGACAGCAGUGCAGAGCGAAAGACAGAAAUCAUCCGGAAACGCCUCCACAAGGACAUUCCCCACCAUUCUGUCAUCAUGCUCAACUUCUGUCCUGACCUCCAGUCGUUCCAGCCGAACCUGAGGAAGACCCAUGGCGAGUUCAUCUUCCUCAUUGACAGGAGCGGCAGCAUGAGUGGGACCAACAUCCACCGUGUCAAGGAUGCCAUGCUGGUGGCUCUUAAGAGCCUCAUGCCAGCUUGCCUCUUCAAUGUCAUUGGGUUUGGAUCCACAUUUAAGAGCCUCUUCCCUUCCAGUCAGACCUACAACGAGGAGACCUUGGCCAUAGCCUGUGAAAACAUUCAGAGAAUGCGGGCUGACAUGGGCGGCACCAACAUCCUCUCCCCACUCAGGUGGGUCAUCCGGCAGCCAGUGCACCGAGGCCACCCGCGACUCCUCUUCGUGGUCACAGACGGGGCGGUCAACAACACCGGGAAGGUGCUGGAGCUGGUGCGAAACCACGCCUUCUCCACCAGGUGCUAUAGCUUUGGAAUUGGACCCAACGUCUGCCACAGGCUGGUGAAGGGGCUGGCAACCGUGUCCAAGGGCAGUGCUGAGUUCCUGAUGGAGGGGGAGCGACUGCAACCCAAGAUGGUCAAAUCCCUGAAGAAGGCCAUGGCCCCAGUCCUGAGUGAUGUGACUGUGGAGUGGGUCUUCCCGGAGACCACCGAAGUGCUGGUCUCCCCCUUGAGCACCAGCACCCUCUUCCCUGGGGAACGGCUGGUGGGAUACGGCAUUGUGUGUGAUGCCUCCUUAUACAUCUCCAACUCCAGAUCUGACAAGAGGAGACGAUACAGCAUGCUGCACUCUCAGGAGUCCAGCAGCUCUGUCUUCUACCAUUCACAGGAUGAGGGGCCCGGCUCAGACAAUGCAAAUUGUCCCAAUAGCUUGGGGGAACCCCUCAACCUGCAGCAGGACACAGAUGCCCGGCCGUGCAGUGGCGACCCCGCCACCAGUCCUGGUGUGGGCCUCUCCCAGCGACGACGGGCAUAUAGCACCAACCAGAUCAUCGACCACAAGCCCUCCCCGAGGGCCACCACGGUCAGCGACCCCACGAUGGCUGCCAGGAGAUACCCACUGCGGAAAGCCAAGCUGCAGGACCUCAUCAACCAGCCCAGCCCAGGUGCCCAGCCGAGACAGACUGAUUUGCAGCCCUUCCUGAACAGCGGCUGGGACCUGUGCCAGGGCCCCAAACUCCGGGGCCCAGGGGCCCGCAGGCCCUCUCUGCUGCCCCAAGGCUGCCAGCCCUUCGUGCCCUCUGACCAGGAGACCCAGGCCUGGAGCCCCAUGAGGGAGCUGGAUCUUGGGUACAGCCUGCAGCCUGCCUCAGACAGCCUCAGCCCUGGGGACCAGGAGCCGGUCCAUCAACCCUCCUCCUUGGAGACCCAGACCUCCCCGGCCUGGGAGCCGCAGGCCAGCACCGGCAGGCCAGCCACCCCAGACCCCGUGGUGGGCAAGGCCGUGGUCAAGGGCCUGCGCGACAGCCAACGUUUACAAUGGGAGGUGAGCUUCGAGCUGGAGCCCCCGGGCCACGAGCGGAGCAGAGCGCAGGACGCCGACCUUUGGAAGGAGACCUUCCACCACCUGGCGGCCCGCGCCAUCAUCCGCGACUUCGAGCAGCUGGCGGAGCGCGAGGACGAGAUCGAGCAAGGAUCCAGCCGCCGCUACCAGGUGAACGCUGUGCAUACCAGCAAGGCCUGCAACAUCAUCAGCAAGUACACUGCCUACGUGCCUGUGGACGUGAGCCAGAGGCUGUACCUGCCCACCGUGGUGGCCUACCCCAGCUCCGGUGCUGCACUGCGGAUGGCCAGCUCUCGGGCCCUGAACCAACAGUGGAGGGGCAGCUCUGCUGGCUUCAGUCGGUCCCAGUCCGUGUUCACGGAAGACUCGGCAGCAGGACCUGGCAGAUUCCAGAACCUAAAUGUGGAGGAAAACCCCGCUGUGCCCUCCGGCAAUGCCACAUCCCCGGGCGGGGAGAAGUACGCUGCUUCUGAGGGUCCCCAGCACGGCCUGGCCACCAACACCCCUUCUUCCUUGAAGACCUCUGAGACCCUAUUUGGAACCAGGCUGACUCUCAAAAAGUCCAGGCUGCUGACGCAAGCAGCCAGGGGCUUCCUGGGCAAGCCGCUGACCAAGACUCCAGAGUCAACGCCGGGGAGCCAGAGCUUCGACUACGUCCCACUGGUGUCUCUGCAGCUGGCCUCCGGAGCCUUCCUGAUGAACCAGGCCUUCUGCGAGGCCAUCCACAUCCCUAUGGACAAGCUCAAGUGGACCUCACCCUUCACCUGCCACCGAGUGUCCCUCACAGCCCGCCAGCCCGCGUCUAAGACCAGCCCCUCGUCUCGGCACCCGUCUUGUGACACCUUCUCCGAGGAGCCUCUGGCAGGGAACAAGGCGAGCUGGGAGCUCAGCGCGGUGACAGAACAUACAGGGAAGCUGUGGGCCACGGUGGUGGCCCUGGCGUGGCUGGAGCACAGCUCGGCGUCUUACUUUGUUGAGUGGGAGCUGGUGGCCGCCAAGGCCAGUGCGUGGCUGGAGCAGCAGGAGGUGCCGGAGGGCCGCACGCGGGGCACGCUCAAGGCCGCCGCCCUGCAGCUGUUCGUGCUCCUGCGGCACUGGGACGAGAGCCUGGAGUUCAAUAUGCUCUGCUAUAACCCGAAUUAUGUGUAG